GUGCUUCAAACUAAGUACAAUCGAGAGACAGAAACAGGAUUUCGUCCGCAACAUUCCUUUUCCAAAUCAAUGAUUUGGCGUGGGAUUGUGGCAGCCCUAUCUACGGUGGAACUUGGAAUGAGGAAUGGAAUCCGGGAUGGCCGCAACACACCUUCCUGGACUACUCGCUGGCUGGACUCGGGCGAGAAACUUAUCGACCAUAUUCUUCCUUUGGCUCCAGAACCAGACUUCUCUGCCCCCGUGUCACAGUUCUGCACAGCUUCUGGUGAGUGGGAUUUCCCCCUUCUUCGUUCCUUGAUCCCAGAAAAUCUGGUGUUGCAUAUUGCAGGUAUGUCCCCCCCUCGCCCUGGCAGUGGAGAUGAUACUCUUGUUUGGGGUUGUGAAAAGGAUGGCUGCUUCAGGAUACGGUCAGCAUACGCCCUACUUGGUGGACAUAUUAACAGAGAAGAAGAACUGGACUGGAGAGUGGUCUGGCAUUGGCGUGGCCCCAAUCGUAUUAGACAUUUCCUUUGGCUCGUGGCACACAACCGUCUAUUAACUAACGAGGAAAGAAGACGUAGACAUAUAUAUGGCAGCAGAGGGCGUCUGUUCACGCUAUAAUCAACACCAGGAAACAGUUCUGCAUGUGCUACGAGAGUGUCCUUUUGCGAUUACCACAUGGGAGCGUCUUGCCUAUCUUUCCGCUGAUCGAACGAACUGGGAGACCCCACUUCUGCCUUGGAUCACACAUCACCUGAAGGCAACGAGCAAUAGUCUUCUUUUUGGAGUCGCCUGCUGGUCUCUCUGGAAGGCCAGAAAUGAGGAUAUUUUUACUGAUAUCCGGAUCACCCCUGAGUCCCUUGCUCAGCGUAUCCGAUAUUGGGCUGAAUCUAUUGAGGAGGCUUUGAUACUUGACCAAUCAACACAUACCAGUCUACCAACAAAAAUGAUGGUCGAUGUCUCCUGGCCGCCGCCGCCGCCCGCGUGGGUGGCUCUAAAUUCUGACGGGUCAGUUAUUCCCGAGACUAGACGAGCAGCUGCAGGAGGGUUGCUCUGUGAUUCCGAUGGCCGCUGCUUAGCAGCGUACUCGAUGAACCUGGGUUUUUGCUCGAUCACCAGGGCUGAAAUGAGAGCUGUUGUACAAGGAUUACAUUUUGCAUGGGAGUUUGGCUAUCGCAUGGAUCGAGUGCAAUUGGACUCGCAGGUAGCUAUUCAACUUUUGAUGGAAGAAGGUGAGCGUGCUCACCAACAUUCUUCUGAGGUUGCACAGUUUCGCGAGCUUUUGAAUCGAAAUUGGACGGUCAGAGUUGAGCAUGUUUAUCGAGAGGGUAACCGGGCAGCAGACUUUUUAGCUAGCCUAGGCCAUACAUUACCUAUUGGCGUUCACUCUAUUUCUAAUGUUGAUUCUAGAUUAUCAUUACACAUUUUGUAUGACUUGCUUGGGAUUUCCCAGCCUCGUUUGAUCAUUAAUACUCCCUCCGUCCCGGUCAUUUCUUCCAAGUUUGACUUGGCUCACAAAUUUAGAAAGUGAGAAUA